UGAUUUUGCCUUCCGAAGAUCCAACUCCGAUCCCCGCUGCCCCAACAAAAACUGCAGUCCUCCGUACCGAAAGAGAGAGGAGGAGUUGCUCUCUCGGCUACAUAAGAAUGUCGCAAGGAACGGUGAUCCGGAUUGCGGAGCUCUCGAGCGGCGCGCUGUCAUCCGAACGGCUCAGAUCGACUGGCCUGAUCAGGAGUUUACCAGCGUUUGCACGCGCACGGCCUGUAACCGUCGGUCAGAUCCGAAUGCACGCAGGGAAGUGGAACACGGAAACAAGAAUUACACCGUGCUCGCUCGUCGUCAAUCCCUUCACCGAAAAUGAGCCAUCGGCGACGAUCGGACUUGCCUCCGUCGAGGACGACGGAUCGCACCCCAAACCCCAAGUCCUGCCGAGGAGGAGGAGGAGACAGAAGGGAAAAGAUGUCGUCGUGGUCUUCGAGGGGGGUCGCCUCCGCCGUCUUCUCGUCGAAGAGGAGGGUAGGAUAAUGGGCGUUGUCGCUUGCCUUCCGAGCCAUCAAUUCGCUGCUGGUUCAGACCUACUUCAACCCGGACGAGCACUGGCAGUCACUCGAGGUCGCCCAACGCAUCGUUUUCGGGUACGGGCAUCUGACCUGGGAGUGGAAGAAGGGGAUCCGCAGCUAUCUCCAUCCUCUGCCAUUCGCUCUGCUCUACAAGAUCCUGGCUUUCCUUCGCUUGGACACCCCUUGGUUCAUGGUGAAGGUUCCACGGCUUCUGCAAUCCUUUUUUGCAACGUUUGGCGAUCUGUACCUGUACAAACUUUCUAAGCUCGUGUUUGAUGAGCAUGUGGCACGAUGGGCGCUCUUUUGUCAAUUGGCAAACUGGUUCAUGUUCUUCUGCAUCACACGAACAUUGUCAAAUAGUUUGGAGACGGUGCUGACUGUGAUAGGAAUAUUCUUAUGGCUCUCAGCUGGUGGAUCUUCGAAGGGAUCUGCUGCUGCUUCAAGGAAGGGUUUGCUUGUAGCAGCAUUAGCUUGUGCCAUUCGACCAACAAGUGCUAUUACAUGGCUCUAUGUUGGGUUGCUGGAUCUAAUUGGACUGCAGUCAAGAUUUGAGUUCCUCUUUUUUGAGGUAAUUCCUAUAGGGGUUUUGGUGGUUGCCGUUGCACUUUUAUUUGAUUGCUGGAUGUAUGGGUCAUGGAUAUUUGUGCCGCUGAAUUUUCUUAAGUUUAAUUUCCUUUCUUCUGGAGGGGACUACUAUGGAACUCACAAAUGGCACUGGUACUUCACUCAGGGGUUUUCAGUCAUGCUCUUGACUUUCUUACCGUUUUCAGUAGUUGGCAUCUUUAAGUCCAAGGAAUGGAGGCUUUCAGGUCUAAUUGCUUGGGUUAUAGGGGUUUUUAGUAUGCUUGGUCACAAAGAAUUCAGGUUUGUUCUGCCCGUGCUUCCAAUAGGUUUGAUGUUUUCCGGAUAUUCCUUAGAAAUUAUGUUGAAACCUGAUCUUUCAGAUCCAAAAAGAAGAUCCAAAUUUUGCAAUAGAUGCCCCUCAAGAGUGCAUCUGGCUGUUCUUUUCCUCAAUUUGAGCAAUGUUCCGAUGGCAUUAUAUACGAGUUUAAUCCAUCAGAGAGGAAGUGAAGAUGUUAUGUUCUAUCUAUCUAAAGAAGCCCAUGAUGGAAAAGUGAAGAGCAUUCUAUUCCUUAUGCCCUGCCACUCAACGCCUUAUUACUCUACUUUGCAUCAUAACCUCCCAAUGCGCUUUCUGGAUUGCACUCCGGGUGGCAACAAAGGGAACCUGGAUGAGUCAGAUCGUUUCAUGAUGGAUCCAGCUGGUUUUGUGACUGACAUGUUUAGAAAUUCAACUCUUCCCAGUCACAUAGUACUAUUUAGUUCUGAAGAAGGACUUUUAAGGGAGUUGCUAAUAUUACAUUCCUUUAGAGAGAUUUUUGAUGACUCUGAAUCUCCAUGAACAUGCUUCUCUCGACUCUUCUGGCCUUUGUAUAUUUUCCGUUCAUCAUUUGGUACUUACGCAGGCAGCUUAAUUUCUUUUGAAGCCAGACAUCUUCACGGAAAUUUAAUAGAAUAGUAUGCUUCAUCUGCACAGGGUUCUGAUUUGAAAUUCACUGUUUGUCAUGCUGCAAAAAAUUUAGAAUUAUGUACUGCUCAAACAAUUUUUUUGUGGUUUCUUUUGGAGAUGUUAUCGUCGUACACAAUGAAAGCAUGCUUCCACCA